GUGCUCUCGGAGGCGGGCCUAGCGGGGUGCCCAGCGCGGAGCGGGCCUGCACCAUGGCGGCUCUGCUGGCCGCGAGCCGUUUAGGAGCUGCGCCUGCCGCUGCCCGGAGAGGCCCGCUGGUCUCCUGUCGGAGGUGGGCCGGUGCCCCGGCAGACACCGUGUACGAUGUGGUGGUGUCCGGUGGAGGCCUGGUAGGCGCCGCCAUGGCCUGUGCCUUGGGAUAUGAUAUUCACUUUCAUGACAAGAAAAUCCUGUUGCUAGAAGCAGGUCCAAAGAAAGUUUUGGAGAAAUUGCCAGCAACUUACAGCAACAGGGUCAGCUCCAUUUCCCCCGGCUCUGCAACGCUUCUCAGCAGUUUCGGAGCCUGGGACCACAUCUGCAACAUGAGAUACAGAGCCUUUCGGCGAAUGCAGGUGUGGGAUGCCUGCUCCGAGGCCCUGAUCAUGUUCGACAAGGACAACCUGGACGACAUGGGCUACAUAGUGGAGAACGACGUCAUCAUGCACGCUCUCACGAAGCAGCUGGAGGCCGUGUCAGAUCGAGUGACUGUUCUCUACCGGAGCAAAGCCGUCGGCUAUACUUGGCCUUCUCCCGCUUCCAUGGCAGACUCCAGCCCUUGGGUUCAUAUUACCCUAGGUGAUGGCAGCACCCUCCAGACCAAAUUGUUGAUCGGUGCAGAUGGUCACAACUCAGGAGUACGGCAAGCUGCUGGAAUCCAGAAUGUCAGCUGGGACUAUGACCAGUCUGCUGUUGUGGCUACUCUGCAUUUAUCAGAGGUCACAGAAAACAAUGUGGCUUGGCAGAGAUUUCUUCCCUCUGGGCCCAUCGCUCUGCUCCCGCUCUCAGACACCUUGAGUUCCUUGGUGUGGUCCACAUCCCAUGAGCAUGCAGCAGAGCUGGUCAGCAUGGAUGAGGAGAACUUUGUGGAUGCCAUUAACUCCGCCUUUUGGAGUGAUGCUAACCACACAGACUUUGUUGACUCGGCCAGCACCGUGCUGCACCAGGCUGUUGCCUUUCUGAAGCCCACUAAGGUCUCAGCUCGCCAGCUGCCGCCAAGCGUAGCCACGGUGGAUGCCAAAAGCCGAGUGCUGUUUCCUCUCGGUUUGGGACAUGCUGCCGAGUACGUCCGGCCUCGGCUGGCACUCAUCGGGGAUGCAGCCCACAGAGUCCAUCCCCUGGCAGGACAAGGUGUUAACAUGGGCUUUGGGGAUAUCUCCAGCUUGGUCCAUCACCUCAGAACUGCAGCCUUCGAUGGGAAAGACUUAGGCUCCAUGAGCCACCUCACAGGCUAUGAGACAGACCGACAACGUCACAACACUGCCCUCCUGGCUGCUACUGACCUGCUGAAAAGGCUCUACUCCACCAGUGCUACCCCUCUCGUGCUGCUCAGGACGUGGGGCUUGCAGGCCACAAACGCAGUGUCUCCACUCAAAGAACAGAUUAUGGCCUUUGCAAGCAAAUGAAUGUCCUCUUCUGCAGAUUAUAUUGAAGAAAAAUAAACAUCUUUUCCCAAGGCCAUCAUACAGUUUCAAGAUUUAAUUUAAUAAAUUGACUUUGUGUUAACACUCUCUACUUUAUUUUUCUCCUUUAUUUAAGAGGUUCGUGGAACCUAAACAAUGAGUGAUAACUUGCUGUGAGAAGGGGUAUAUAAACCAAGCCAAGAAAAACCCAAAAGGAAGACUAUUAUGAUUUUUGUUGAAAAGAAUUUUUUAUUACUAAAACAAAUCAUUAAGGUGCUAUCUCAUUUAUUUUCACUUGUUAACGAUCCUUUCUAAAGAUAAGAUCUAUAGGUUUGGUUUUUUUUUAAAUGCUGGUCAUAAAUUUAUACAAUUAUCUUUUGAUAAAGAAGAAUUAGAAAUAUUCAAUUGAUGCAUUUUUGUUCAAAUUACUGUUUUAAAAUUAAAAAUAAAUUGCUUUAACCUUUGUUGUAGGUGCACUGGACUUUCUAAAAAGAAAACAAAAUCUUGUUCAUUAUUACUUCCUUAUCACAGCAUCGGAUUUCCAUUUUAUUUAUGGUUCCUCUCUGGAACAUCAUUUCUGUCCAGUGACAAAACAAUAAAUAGUUUCAUUGCACAGGUUUGAAAACUUCAGGAGCCAGGUCAAAGGGAUAAUCUGAUUACUUAGCAGCAGACUUUGUCAUAUUUGGUUGCAGACUGGUGGCUGAUGGGUGUAGGGGUCUUUGAAGUGGGUGUUUGAAGAGCUCACUUCGCAGUACAGAGAUGACUCUUGAAGAGAUUUGGGAACCCAUUAGAUUUGUAUACUGCAGAGAAAAUUUUGCCCAAAAGUCUGAUUUGAUGAUGAAAUGAGAAGAAAUAGUCUGCUUUUGAACCAACCUAAACUAUUCUUAGUUUAGGUUAGCUUAGUUAUUGAAGGAAUGAAAAAUAUGUUUUAAUAGGGGAGCUUUUCAGACAAAUGUACAAGAUUUAUAAGAUACUAGAGUAAAAAGUGAUAGUUUCACAAAUGUUCCUGGACUCUCUGGAAAGAUGUGCCCAGAAUGAAAGUGGCAACUAAUGUGUAAGUUGUAAGACUACUAGCAGAGUCUAGAAAGAUCAACACUGAACGGGAGGGGAAAAGAUCAUCUUUCACAAAAACGGGAAAGGUAGCCCGGGAAAGGAGAACAUGGACUCCAAAAGUAUGCAAAUAAAAUCAGGCAAAAUGGGAAGAAUUUUAAGGCACAUCUUGCAAAGCCCUCCGUAACCCACAGAGGAUGUUCCUCAUAUGAUGAUGUUAACGCACAACAUCCACUAUGUGCCAGGUCAGGUCCUAAGUAUUUGAAAUAUGUAAACACAUUUAUAGAAAAGAAACUUAACCAACAAUAUUAGACACUAUAGGAUUCCUCAAUAAGAAGCCCAAAAGGUACACCAAGGGGCAGAAAGUCAAUUUUUUUCUAAGAAAUAAAAAUUCUUAUUCCAUAUUGCUCCUAACAUGGAUAAACUUGUUAAUUCUCUCUAGAUGUUCUAAUCAAGAUUAUCAGAAUUUAGGUAGACACAUCUCAAGAGUUCUGGAGGUACUUGGGAUGACUGAAGGAGUCUGAACAGCUUCUGUCCAUAAGAAAAUCUUCAGAGACAAGCUAUGACAAAGACCAGGGAAUCUUGCCUCUCUCGACCAUCAAACUGGCGGAGUCUUUAGUGAACACAGCUUACCUCUUGGGAAUUGUAUGGAACAACAUUUAGUGUAUGACUGUGUGACACAAUGGUAAGGGGUCUAGAAGCCAAGUGUCCUAUUAAAGAAGAGACCACAAAGGACUUGCAAGGAAUUUCCUUUAGGAGAUGGAGAGGCUAUGGAAGGAGGAACGAGAGAAGACCACUGAGAGGAGAGACUGCAGCUCCACAUAAGGGAUUUUUAACAUCAGUGCUGUCCCAAAUGCAAUGAGCUGUCUUAAAACAUGCAUAACCAGAAGCAAAAUACAGCUACUUAGAAAUGUUAAGGGGAUUCUGCAAGUUAGAAGACUGGAUUACAUCUUUGGGCUGUUUCCAAACCUAAAGAUUCUAUUAUGUAUUAACAUUUUGGAGGAAGACGAUGGGUAUCAAGGCGACCUUGGUAUAAUAAAAGUCAGUGUGAAAAA